AUGUAUUCAACAGGCCGCUCACUGUCCUACAAACACGUCACACUAAUGCGCACAAGUAAUUGGGACAAGGAUCUUACCAUUGUCAAUGAAAACAUAAAUAUCCCCAGAAAAAGCAUGUCAGCGAUUGUCCUUCUAUUUACCAGUAAAGCGAGAACCAAUUCUGAAGAAUAUAUUUACCCAAACAUUGAUAAAGUGAACCUAACCAUUGAAGGUGUGCCCAAUGCAGUUUUUUCACAGGGGCUUCCUAAAAAUAGAUUCUUUGAGGAAGCUAAAAGUUUCUUUUGUCCUAUGUGUGAGAAAUCAAUGGCAGAUGAAUUUAUGUCUAUCAGCAGGUUCUUUAGUAGUGGUUUUGCUCUAGUAAUCGAUCUUAGAACGACUCAGGAUGAUACCACUGGAGGAGGAAGGAAGAUUGUCAACACGCAGUCUGGAGUACUUAUGGAAAUCAAGAAGCAAGCCACAACAGCUGACGUUCAGUGCAACAUUUUUGUUGUAUCGGAUGCCCUCCUUAACUUUGCGAAUAGAGAUCUAUCAAGUAUUCAAUAUUAG